AUGUUCUUGCUGUUCUGCAUCCUAACGUCAGCCAUAAGGUUGCGAUGCUCAAACCUUUUCGAGAAGUCUACCUUGUGUCGACUUGGGAAAAACUUUCGUUCCCGCCGAUUCCACAACAUUUUCCUCCUCUGUGCAAUAUCAUCAGUCGUGGUUAGCUCAGCACUAAAUGGAAACAUAUCUCACCAGGAUUUAAUUGGCUUAGGAUUGGUACUUGUUUCCAUUGACUGGAGCUUUAUACCGAGUCUAAUUAGAAUAAGCCUCACUGUUCCCAUGUCUGGUUAUUCUCAUUUCGAUCGUGAAAAGUACCUCAAGCUUCGUUCAGAAGAAGCCGCCAAUUUCUUCUCAACAAUGGAUAACGUUGUGGUGGAUCAUUUUUUGAAACUGCUGCUGCUUAACAUCGCAACUUUUAGCCUUCUCCCUGUCUUAACACGCAUAAAUUUUGCAAAUAGUCCGCAAAAUGCUCUUUUCUUCGAUUUUCGCAUGUCGCAAUUUAUUUUGAAGGAAAGUAGUCGUGUGCGUUCUGAGUCUGAAUCAGCUCCAUCAAGGUGUGACACGAGUCCCUUUCAACCAGUGUACUCAGCUAACCGACGCGCAGCCUACCUUUGGAUGGCCGCUGUGCUUGUUGUUUUGAAUGCUAUCAUUGCGGGGCAUUCGAUUGCUCGUAGUGCAUAUUUGGAUGGUUUUCCGAAGCUUAUGGAUAAUUACCUCUGUUUUAUGAACGCGUGGUUAUGCAUUGGCUCCUAUCUCGUUUUAGUCACAUGCAUGUGCCGCCUAAGACAUAUCUUGGCUUUUGACUGCAGUUGUGAGAUCUGCAUCAAGUCGCAUCCACGCAGGUCGAGGAUGCGUUCUGAUUCGGACUCCGUUAAAGUUCUUUUGCCCAAUGUGGUAUUUAAUAUGUCUUCGAAUUUACCAUCAUUGAAGGCUGUCAUUGAAACACCAUUAUGCUCCAAACCAGACGGUCAAAAUCAGCACCAUAGUGAUGGUGAUAAUGAGGCCGAUGAAGGUGAGCACACCAUUAGUGCUAUCUCAUCCAAACUCGAGUGUACAAUGAAAGCUCCUGCUGAAGACUCCGAUGUGAUUUCAGCGUUGUCAGACGCGGAAGUAUUACAGUUGAUUCGCGAGGGUCGUCUGAAGACUCGCGAUUUGGAGACAGUGAUGAAGAGCCUUCCGCGUGCAGUGGCCCUGCGUCGGCAGGACUUGGCCACGCGCAUCAACAGCCCGCACUCCAUUGAUUGCAUUCCCUUUGCCAACUACGACUACCGACCUGUCAUGGGGCAGUGCUGCGAGGAGGUAAGAGGCCGUCGUCCCAAUAGUCUACCAAAUCGUUUAUUGUUUUUCGGCAUUGUUUGCCUUCGAAACUAA